AUGUCGGCACUCAUGGGUUCGAAGCAAUUCCUCGAAUUUUGUCUUGCUCCUUCUUUCGCUACAUACCCUUCUUCUUCUCCGUCUUAUACUCCUGGUAAGCAAAGGCAAUUAUCUUCUGUUUCUAGAAGAUUCCGACCGGUUUCAGCCUCGAGACCCGUGUCCAAAAACAGCCCUUUUCACCAGAAGACCAAUGGGUUAUCUUCCUACACUUCCAUCUCCAGAGUCCCAAAUCCAGUUGAUCCUGAAGAAGAAGCAGACAAGAGAGCUGUUGGAUAUAAAUUAGCUACCUUGAAGCGUAAAUUAGCAGAAUAUGGAAUUGGUGCUCAAAAUUGUCCCACGGGACAAAAAAGUGGCUUGAUAUGUCCAACGUGUGAAGGAGGUAAUUCCGGUGAAAAAAGCUUGUCUCUUUUAAUUGCCACUGAUGGUUCGUCAGCUACAUGGAAUUGCUUUCGGGGGAAAUGUGGGUUUAAAGGUAGAGUACGGGUGGAUAGUAAGUUCACAUCUGCAGAUCCAGUAGAGAAGGUUGAAAGAAAAGUUUCAGUGGAGAGUUUAGCGCUAGAACCUCUCUGUGAUGAGAUUCAGGAUUAUUUCGCUGCAAGAAUGAUUUCGGGAAAAACACUUGAGAGAAAUCGGGUUAUGCAGAAAAGAAUAGGUGAUGAGAUUGUAAUUGCGUUUACAUAUUGGCAAAGAGGGGAGCUUGUGAGUUGCAAGUAUCGGUAUCUAACUAAGAAGUUCUUUCAGGAAAGGAAUACACGGAGGAUCUUUUACGGGCUUGAUGACAUUGAAAAAGCAUCAGAAAUCAUUAUAGUUGAAGGGGAAAUAGACAAACUUGCAAUGGAAGAGGCUGGUUUUCCAAAUUGUGUGUCUGUUCCUGAUGGUGCUCCUGCGUCGGUUUCUUCAAAGGAANCCCCACCUGAAUCCCAGGACACGAAGUAUAAGUUUAUGUGGAAUUGCAAUGACUACCUAAAGAAGGCAACUCGGAUUAUUAUUGCUACUGAUGGAGAUGGACCUGGUCAAGCUCUGGCUGAAGAANUGGCACGGCGUCUGGGCAAAGAAAGGUGUUGGCGUGUCAAGUGGCCAAAGAAAAGCGAGGAUGAGCAUUUCAAAGAUGCAAACGAGGUGCUUAUAUCUCUGGGACCUCAUGCAGUUACUGAAGCUAUNCAAACUGCUGAGCCAUACCCUAUACAAGGAUUGUUCCCCUUUAAAGAUUUCUUUGAUGAAAUUGAUGCCUACUAUCAUCGGACUCAUGGACACGAGUAUGGUGUUUCAACUGGGUGGAACACUUUGGACAACUUCUAUAGUGUUGUGCCAGGGGAGUUGACGGUUGUGACAGGGGUUCCUAAUUCCGGAAAGAGNGAAUGGAUUGAUGCUCUAUUAUGCAAUCUCAACCAUAGUGUUGGCUGGAAAUUUGCGCUCUGCUCAAUGGAGAAUAAGGUACGAGAUCAUGGCAGGAAACUUUUGGAGAAACAUGUAAAGAAACCCUUUUUUGAUGCAGAUUAUGGGAGAAGUGUCCCACGGAUGAGCGUUGAGGAGUUGGAUGAAGGGAAACAGUGGUUGAAUGAUACGUUCUCUCUCAUAAGAUGUGAGAUGGAUUCACUUCCAAGUGUUGAAUGGGUCUUGGAACGUGCNAAAGCUGCUGUUCUUCGGUAUGGUAUUCGAGGACUUGUUAUAGAUCCUUACAAUGAGCUUGAUCAUCAACGUACUGCACGCCAGACGGAGACGGAAUAUGUUAGCCAGAUGCUUACAAAGAUUAAACGCUUUGCCCAACAUCACUCUUGUCACGUCUGGUUUGUUGCACAUCCAAAACAGUUGCAACAAUGGGACGGAGGUGCACCAAACCUUUACGAUAUUAGCGGGAGUGCACAUUUCAUUAACAAAUGUGACAACGGUAUNGUUAUUCACAGAAACCGCGAUGAAAACGCCGGACCUCUUGAUCUAGUGCAAAUUUGUGUGAGGAAAGUACGAAACAAGGUUGCUGGACAAAUUGGUGAUGCCUACUUGUGUUACGACAGGGCAACUGGUUUGUUCUCAGAUUCUCCUGUGACGCCUGAGAGGAGAUCAAACAGACGGUCAUGA